AUGGACACAUCAGAGUGGAGUUCGAACCUUGCGGUGAGAAACAAGGAACCUAUAGUCACCGUGAGAGAGAUUCUACAAGAUUCAGAUGUCGACGACCAAAAAAUAGAACCAUGCUCUUCCCACAGUCCUCGCAAACGCAAUCAUUACGAGGUGGAGAGAAACUCGAUUAUUACUCCAUCGAUCCGAAAACCAAGCAACGAGAAGGAACAAGUUUCGCCAGCAAAGCGCCAACGCAAUGAUAGGUGCAUGGAAUCAAUUCGCCUACAGACAGAGUACAACGGCAAGAGUCGAGGGACCAUUUUCAUGGGAGGAGAGAUUGCUGCAUCGAAGAAGGGCAACGAAAGAAUUCCUGAUACGCCCAACAUUGGGAGACGAUUUGAGGGCUUAAAAGUGACGUUGUCGAGAUCAGCACCACCACCAUCACCUCCGUCUGAUAGCAAUGAACCGGAGUCUUUUAGUACCAAUGAAACUACGUCCAUCGAGGCAAACAUACUCCCCAUAGACACACUUAGUCCCGCACUAGCACAUCUUAGCUCUGCGCACCGCGAAAACCCCAGACCAAUUUCUAUUUCUAAUAGCUCUGAAUCUCGUCAUUAUAACUACCACAAACUCGAGAGUAACUACGAAAAUCUUCCACAAAAUACUUCCGAAGCUCAAACUUUCAAGGAACGCAGCGACAAGUACGAAUAUAAGCCUAAUAACACCGAACCGAAACAGAAUUGCGAACACAUCAGCAACACCUUUGAAUCUCUCUUUCCCAUAGUCGAAGAUUGGAUCGAGCAACAAAGGACUCAAUUCGAUAUCGUUACUGAAAGAAUCAAUAAAAUUUUGAGCUUGAUACAACAAGGCGAACGACUACUACAGAACGCCAUGACUUCCGAAAACGCUUCUCGAUUGGAGCUUCUGAUCGACAGAAUCACUCAUGUACUCGCAGGAGAUUUCAGGAUUGAUGAUUCUAGCUCUGCAGUACCCAAUUUUCCACCAGAGAGGGAUUUCGUCGCCCAACUUACAAACGUGUUUGUGUCAACCGACCCUUCCCAGGCUUUGGAAGAACUCCAACAAUUCGCCAACAUGAGAUCAAACAUGGGCGUAAGUUUGAGUGAGAAAGAAGGAAGGUUUAUCAAUACCAUUAAAGCUCUCGGCGCUACACACACAAGGCUCAAGGAGGAAUGGAACAUGCUCAACUUGAAAGAAGACAAGGCAAAUUUCAGAUUCAUGCUUGAGAUGAAUUCCUGUGAGCGAGCAAAAGUUCUGGAAAGGGUUUGGGAUUUGAGGAAAGAAAUUGCAAACUUCUACAUGUGUGCUGACACAAGAAGAUGA